AUGGCGGCUCCGUAUAUCGCACAAAUCGAAAUUAUAGCAUCUUCACUGAACCCUCUCAUGUAUUCCAUUAUCUUCUCAUCUCUCCUAACUCUCUCCCUCCUCUCAUUCGUCUCUGCUAUCUUCUUUCUCCUCCGAGCUUCCCGCCGCAGAGCUGCUGUUUACAGGCAGAAACUCUUAUCCAAAUCCGAAACCUUAGUCAAACCGGAGUCGUCUCCAUCUGAGGUUUCGGGCGUAGCCCAGUACCAACCCGCUGAAAAUAACCGGACCCGUUUAGCGAAUUCGCGUCUCUACGAGUUACUGCUCUCCGAUAAGGAGGAGGAGGAGGAGGAGUCGGAUUGGGAGGGAGAUCAAGGAGUGUCUGCAAAGAAGAAGAAGAAGAAGAAGAAGAAGAGAGGUAAGAAGAAGAAAUCAGAGCUAAGAAAAGGUGGAAAUGAUGAUUCCGGCGGCGAAAAGCGCACUGGUGAAGGAGAUGGGUCUGUGUUGAAUCCGAGCUCUGACCCGAUUUCGGAUUCCGAAAUCAAACCGGAGUUGGUUUGCUUGUACCCUUUCACCUCGACGAGCAGUGCUACGCAGAGGAAGAUUAAGCAGCAAUACGACCAGCUUGUCAAAUGCAAUAGUGCCAAAGGAUUGACCCUAGCUCAGGUUGGGGAGUUUGCUAAUUGUUUGAUAGAAGCUAAGAAUGAAUUACAGCACAAGUCGGAGGUUAUCAAGCGUAAGUUUUCAAUAACAAAGGCUCUUCUCUUGAAGGCUGAUAGAUCUUCCUUUGACCGACUUCGUCAACAGACCAACAAGCUCGAGAUGGAACAAAAAAGAGUAGAAGAAGAUGCACUUGUAUAUAAUUGGCUCCAACAACAGCUAAAACUUUCACCUGCAUACAAAAAGGUUCUUGAGAUAAGCGCUUCCAUGGAACUCAAAGACAAAUUGAGUACAGAGUUGGACAGUCCAGAUGAUGGAGUUUCAGACAUCUCCUUCGAAGAGCUAUUGGAACAGGAGAAGAAAGACUCCUUUUGGUCAGUUACACACACUCUCUCUCUCCCAAGCUUAGUAGCGAAUAUAAAUUACUUGCACAUAGGAAUCUUGCCACAUCAGGCUUUCAUAUUAGGAGUGUAUUCAUUAAUCUCGAAGUCAUCGUACUCAUCUUUUUCAACCAUCUUGCUCUCCACUCUUGUGUUGGUUUUCAGGCAUAAAAAUGGAAGAUUGCGAACUUGCAGAACAUGA